GUGAGGUUUUGAAUAAAAAGUUGAAGCUUCCCUGAUGAAAAAGUAGCAGUGCAACAACCUGUUGUUUCCUCCUACCAUUGUUGAAGAUGAAUAAUGAGCAGAGAACAGUUGCAACAUCUUUCAGUUUUGAUACAGUAGAGAUCAGUAUGCGUGGUACUGGUAAGAAAGUAGUCGAUCAUGAAUCUGCCAAGUCCUCUUCUUCUAAGAAAGAAGCUGGGUCUAAGCUAAUUGCAACAUUACAAUUCAAAAAACGAAGUAAAAUAUCCCAUGGCAGAGUACGUAAACCAAAAUAUCAUGUAAAGAAAGUUGGUUCGGCCCUUUUGAAGACGAAAGUUAAUGCCUCUAUUAGCAAGGGGACGGGGAAUGAUGUCUCUUCCAGCAAAAAGGUAGGUAGUAAGACAAACCUGCACAAAGCAAACAAGAAAGGGUCUUCUAAGAAGUUGGAUUCAUCCAAGCUCCAAGGUAAAAAUGCGGCAUCUGGUAGUUCCGAGGAGAACAGUAAAAAGGCUAAUGAAGAUGUUAGAAUUAAAAAUCUAACCAAGAAGAAAAAGAAGAGGCAAAAGGAUAAGGUUGAGCUGGAUGAAGCAUCACGGUUGCAGAGAAGAACAAGGUACCUUCUGAUUAAAAUGAAGCUGGAACAGAAUCUUAUUGAUGCUUACUCUGGGGAAGGUUGGAAAGGUCAAAGUCGAGAGAAGAUUAAGCCAGAAAAAGAACUGCAAAGAGCCAAGAAGCAAAUAUUGAAGUGCAAACUUGGGAUACGUGAGGCAAUUCGCCAGUUGGAUUCACUUAGUUCAGUAGGAAGCAUUGAAGGCUCUGUUAUUGCCCCAGAUGGAUCUGUUUAUCAUGAACAUAUAUUUUGUGCAAAGUGCAAGUUGCACGAAGCUUUUCCAGAUAAUGAUAUAGUACUUUGUGAUGGAACAUGCAACUGUGCCUUCCACCAAAAGUGCCUGGAUCCUCCACUGGACACUGAAAAUAUACCUCCGGGAGAACAGGGCUGGUUUUGCAAAUUUUGUGACUGUAAGAUGGAAAUUAUAGAAGCAAUGAAUGCACAUAUUGGAACCCACUUCUCUGUUGACAGCCAUUGGCAGGAUAUUUUUAAAGAUGAAGCUGCUUUCCCUGAUGGUGUGAUUGCAUCAUUAAAUCCUGAGGAGGAAUGGCCUUCAGAUGAUUCUGAAGAUGAUGACUAUGAUCCAGAGAGGAGGGAAAACAGCUGCGGCAUCAGUGGGGCAGCCCUUGAUGGUGAUGAUACAGAUGAUACAGACAGUUCAACCAGCUUGAGUUGGUCUGUGGAUGGUGAAGAUUUUUCAGGAUCUGGAAGGCGAGAAAACCAUUCAGUUGACAGUGGUGCAGAUUCUUAUGAAACCAGUGAUGGGGAAAUUAUUUCUGGCCGUAGGAGGCGAAGAGCAGUUGAUUACAAGAAGCUAUAUGAUGAAAUGUUUGGAAAGGAUGCUCCCUCAUAUGAGCAAGUCAGUGAAGAUGAAGAUUGGGGUCCUGGUAAAAGAAAGCGUAGAGAAAAAGAGUCAGAUGCUGCCAGCACACUUAUGACUUUAUAUGAAAGUGAGACAAAAUAUCCAAAGGUUGAAACCACAGAAAUGAGAGGACAACUACCUUCGGAUCCGAAGAGCAGGCGACCUAUUUUCAGAAUUCCUCCCACUGCAGUCGAGAAACUCCGGCAGGUGUUUGCUGAGAAUGAACUUCCUUCUAGAGUAAUCAAGGAGAAUCUUUCAAAGGAAUUGGGUCUUGAGCCCGAAAAGGUAAAUAAAUGGUUCAAGAAUGCCCGGUACUUGGCACUGAAAAGCAGAAAGGUAGAGAGAGCAGACCACCUUCAGAGUUCUUCUCCUGGAGUCUCCAAGGAAUCUGAACUGGAAGCUUCAAAGAGGAAAGAUCCUAAUAUCCCGCAAUUGGAAGAUACAUCGAAAAAAACUUUAUUACAUACACCAAAGAGAUUGAAAAAGAAAGUGAGAAAGAGUCCAAACUCAAAGUCAUUACACAGUUCUUUAAGGAGAAGUGCACAAAAUGGACUUUCACUUGUUUCACCUGCAAACAGCAACAAGGUCAGAAAAGAGUUGAGCGAUGAUGUGAUCUUGAAGAAGCUUUUGAAAGGGAAAAAGAAGAGGGAGAAGAAGAGGGUGAACAUUACUGUUGGGGGUGGAUUACAACAAUUCGAGUUAGAGAUGGAAAGGCUUUGUAGGGUUAAGGUGAGGCUCGAGAAUAUGAGGCAAACAUUAUUAAGAUUAGAAACUAGCAAAGCUAGGAAGUUGAAUAAAAACCGGUUACAGGAAGAAUCUGUUAUUUAUAUUCCCAUUGCAGAGGUAAAGCAGAAGGUUUGAUUUUGUGCAACCUUUUGUGACCAUUACAGCACUUUCAGCGGUGCUGGUGGUUGUUUCUGUCAAAUGCCCAUUUGACCAGACCUCAAGUUGCAAUGGGAAUCAUUUUACUUAAUAUUUCCAAUAUGCCUGUAGGCGAUUGAGUGGAUCUCAGUUGCUAUUUUAAGUAUAUGGAACAGUUGGUGCUGACCCAAAAAGAAAAAAGAAAGAAAGAAAGAAAGAAAGUAUGAACAGUUGAUAAAGAUGUUUGGCUUUGUUCUUAAGUU